AUGGCGCAUGGAGAGGAUCGGCACAGUCUGAAAGCCAAAUUUGCUGCUUCGGUCAAAGUGAUUAGGAGUCUACCUAAAGAAGGUCCCUUCCAGCUGUCAGAUGACAUGAUGCUGAUGUUUUAUAGUUACUAUAAGCAAGCCACCGUAGGGCCUUGCACCAUUACCAGACCAACUGGGUUCUGGGAAUCACAUGGAAAAAACAAAUGGGAUGCCUGGAGCUCUUUAGGAAACAUGACGAAGGAGGAAUCCAUGAAGAAUUAUGUUGAAAACAUCCAGCUGAUUUUGGAGACAAUGCCAGUAUCCAAUGAAGUUUCUGACUUGGUGCAGAAGCUUGGGAACUUCUACAUAGAAGAAGAGGAUGGGGGUGAAGAGAAUGAGGAGAACAGGAGACCUUUCACAAGACCUUAUGCAAAGCAAGCAGGCUUUGGAGAUCUGUGGGAUGAUAUACAAAACUUUGAAGAAGAAUGUGGCAUGAGUUUUAAUGGAAAGGUGGCAGUAGGAUACGAGGAUGGUAGUGAAUAUCUCAGAAAUGAUGGCGUGGUGGACAAAAACAAUAUAGAUGAAGACGAGGCAAAAAUACAAGAGUGGAGCUCUGAGCCAAGACUGCAGGACGCAGGUUGGAGGUGUUACACCAGAGGUUCUAGCAGCAGUGUGGAGCCUAGCACGUCAUCUUUGACCCACAGCUCCCUCAAUAGUGAAGUGGAGGAGGAAGAGCUGGCCUACUCUAAAGAAUGCAGCACAUGCAACCCCAUCCACACACAGAUAACUGAAUGCUAUGAAGUUUCGAACAACUAUGACUUAAAAGACUCCGAUAAUGAGGAAUUCUGUGAUUCUAUGGAUCAUCCAGCCAUGGAGAAGAUUCUGUCUCUUUCAAAUCCACGAUUGGGUGGAUCAACAUCUGCUUUGGGGAAGGAGCAAGAUCUUUGGUUUGAGAGCUCAUCCACCCUUAGUGCAGACCAUCUGCGACAAGCUGAUUCUUACCAUGAAGAAUCCUAUAUAUUUGUUAGAGAGUCUCAGCCACCAAAGACUGCUUGGAGUUCUCAGCUAUGUUUGCCUACCUGUGACAGCGCGUCACGGUGCACACGCCACAGCCGUGCUUCUUGGGAGAAUAUUAAUGAGCAGAUAGUUGCUGCUCUUUUGAGAUUGCAAGAUGACAUGACCAACGUAUUGCAUCGUCUGAACACAUUGGAAGGGCUCUCUUUGACACAGGUAGCCAAGUCUCUUGGGUCAUCACCAAGAUGUUCGGAUGCUCUACCUGUAGUGCAGAAGUUUUUGACACCGUCAUGGUGGCCUUUUAACCAUUCUCCAGUUACCGUGGUGAUGACAGCACUAUGGCCUGCAGUUGCUUAUGGUUUGGUCCAGAUGUACUCACGACAAAAGAAACGGUAA